GAUGCCAGGGUAUGUCAACUAGCUUCGGUAUCAGUGUUUUGUAUUUCAAGUUGACGAACGCGUCGGAUAGGUAGAGUUUGAGAUAUUCCUUCCCACUCCCCCACCCAGCCCCACCGCCAGCUGCCGUCCAACCACCCACCCUACACGCACAUUCGGCAAAACGAUAGUUCCAAAAGAAAAAAAAGAAAUAAAAAAAAACUGGGACUGCGAAAUGCCGCGCCGUCGUCGUCCACGUUGCAAGGUCAAUCCCUCGAUAGCGCUUCGGAAGAAGGAUCCGGAAAGCAGCGGUCCCAGCACUCGGCCGAAACCAGAAACAACACAGCGCAGUCCCAUGCCAACACUUACCCCGGUGGCGGAUCCGCCGAGCGAUGAGCCCCAGAGCGAGGAGCCACAGAGCGAGGAGCCGCCAGAGAUGGAGUCCACUUCCAGCGCCGACCAGGCGAGUGAUGAUGACACAGACUACAGGCUGUUCCCGGAGAUCCACGACCGCCAGCCACUGCUGCCCACGUUCGCCGACAUCUUCGGCCAGCCCUCGUACGGAUUCGGGUUCCAGCGGGAGGAGACACCCCCGACCUCAGCAGACCCCACUCCCAGCACCACGAAAUCUAAGCCGGGGGGAGGCGGUAGCGGCAGCAGCGGCGCCGCCAGCUGCAGCACCAAGAAUGCCAAUAGUGGUGGCGGAGGCACCGGAUCUGGCAGCAGCGGAACUAUGAACGCAUACCUAAGCGGAACCUCGAACUCUGACAUAAUGGGUAUCCAAAGCACGCCCGAUGGCCGCUUUACCAAUAUACCCGCUUCCAUGCUGGGCGAUCGAUUCGGGAUGACCGGACUACUGGCCGCCAUACGAUCCACCCAAACUGAUCCGAGCGCCACGCAGCUGGCCUUCGGUGAGGAUCUGACGACUUACGGCUUAGACCUGGCCGCCCAGGGUGAUAUAUAUGUGCACUUCAACGGUCCGUUUACCCAGGACCCGCCCGAACGCAGCUCCAUGGACUGCGCCCUCGAGAUGGGCAUGCGCGCCAUGCGCGACGCCAUGAUUAUGCAUCCCACUCAGCCACCCGUCUGGGACCCGUACCAGCCGGAGACCGGGCAUUUGGGCCUUGUGGGUGGCGGUGGCAAGGACGGAAGCAUGGAUACGGAUCCCGACACGGACCCCCCACCGAAAAUCCCGACACCGGAUCCAGUCAACGUUGCUCCGAUGCGCGAGCGCGGUCGUGAGCGUGACCGUGACCGGAAGAGGGACCGCAAGAGGGAGCCCGCGAAGGAGAGGCCCAGGCCCAAAUAGGAUCGCAGUCAGGCGGUUGGAGAGUUCAUCGAAAAAACUUGGUAAAAUUUUGUAAUCUUCGUGAAUGUCUAGCCCUUCCAUACGAGAAGAUGUUUGGGCAAAUAUAUCUGCUUUGAGUCAUAAGAUUAAAUAAUUUGUUU